ACGUCCGCCCCACUCUUUUGCAGCAACCUUGUACUCCAUCAUCGCACUACAAAAACAAAUUAUUAAAAUCCUAACAACAAUAAUACUCUGCUUCCCUCUACAUUCUCCCAGAAACCCAAGCCCCAAGUUUCGGAAAAUGUGAAAAUCAUUUCUCCUCUUUCCUCUUCUCACAUUUGGGACUUCCUCGAUCGUCUUUUUUAAUUUUUGUGCUUGCAGUUCCAAAAUAAAAUGUUGGACAAUUUUGGGGAGAUGUGCAAAACAGAGCAUCUCUUUGAUUCAUCGGAACACAAUCUGAAACCAUUAAGUGAAAAUGCUAAAGUUCUUAUAGAGGAAUCUGCUCCCCCGUUUGGGGAGGUUGGAUCGGUCUUCUCAGAAUCGGAAGAGGAAGGUAUGUGGCUGCAACUUCUACUAGAAGAACCAAAAUAUAGUAACAUUUUGGAUACAGUCUUGGAUAUAAAUGCUUCCAAUGCUCAGAAGAACUUCUAUGUCAAUGAAUAUCUUGAUUCCACCUAUCACAAAGCAGAUGAUGGGGUACUGAAUUCAAGUUUUACUGAAGGUAAUAAAACAGUAGAACAGUUUGUAGAUGGAGUCUCAGAAGAAAACUUUAACAUGGUGGCUUGUGAAGAAAAUAGUGACUUGGAUGCAUGUAAAGACUACCUGUUGGAUGUUAUGUUUGAUGAGAGGCUCCAUUCUGUUCUGAACAAGGAAAUUUAUACAAAGUUUGAUAAGCAGAAGUUGUCUAGCACUCGAGAAAUCGAGAAUUCGAAAAAAACGAGGACAUGGCUUCUCCCAAAUUUUGAUCUUCCAGGUGAUAAUUCCCACAUUGGUCAGAAUAUGAAGAUUCAGCUGCAAAUCACUAGUGCUCAAAGAUCUGCCACUAGAGUUUUCAAAUCCAGCCUGGAAUUAUCUUCUUCCCAGAAUAACUUGCGGGUUGAUGAAAUGUCAAGUGAUAAACUGCGCAAAAAGUUAUUCGGUCAUCAAACUAUUAUUACUGACGAGCAUUGGCUGAGGCACCAUAUUUCACUUGGCUUGCAGAAGAGCGAUAAGUGGAAGAAGAAUUCGAGUCUCAAGGAAUUUUCUAUCCCGAAUGAAAAUAAAAGAGUUGAAGUCUCAUCUGCAACCGAGGAUCUCCUUAAAGCACCUACUCCCUUUUCUGGUGUAUUCAGUUUUAAAAGAAAGCAAAGGGUUCAACGUGUGAAGAAGAAGAAAGGAAACAGCGCCUUUUGUGAAUCCUUGAAAAACUUUUUCUCUGAAUGUGGUCGGAAGAAACCUGAAAUUCGCAAAAAGCACACAAAAGAUAACGUUCUACAUGACAGAGAAGGAUCCAACGAGCAUUUUCGAGCUUGCACUGAAGUUCCUCGUGAGGAUACGAUAACCAGGAAUGAGGGACAUGAUCAUAGCAGUAAAAGGCACGAGGAUAAUUGCGAUUCUCUAGUGGAGUCAGUGGAAGAAGAUGAUGAUGAUGAUACAUAUACGGGGGAGUCGGAAGAUGAUACAUCUGAGAAUGAAUGGAAGACUGAAAAGAUCCAGCACCAUAGAAAGAACCACUUCUGGUCUCUAACCGAGGUCACAAAUCUGGUUCAAGGUGUUUCCAAGUAUGGCGUUGGAAGAUGGAUUCAGAUCAAGAGGUUAUUUUUCCGCUCAUCACCCCAUCGAACUCCCGCAGAUCUUAAGGACAAAUGGAGAAAUCUUUUGAGUGCAAGCUGUGGAAGGUCACAGAAGAGAAGGCUGAGGCCGAGACAAAAUGGAAUACCACACUCAAUACCUCAGCAUAUUCUACACUGGGUUCGUGAUUUGGCCGCCACUCAUCCAUAUCCAAGAAAAAAAAAAAAGUCAGGCAAACCGCCGCCCCUUCCAUCCGGGCUUCAAAUACUGCCCCAAGAACGUAACUCUCUGCUAUAAGCCUGUAAGUAGUGUAGAGAUGGCAAUGGGGUGUGUCCCCAGUUUAACACCAGCUAUUGCUUGUUCUUAUGGAUAUUGGUAUUUGGUAGUUAGAAUGCUGACAUUUUUGGAACUAAACCAUUAAUAUCCACUACCAAAACAUACUUCACCUGUUCAUCUUACAUAGUACAUGUACAUGUGUGUGCGCUAAAAACGUCCAACUGUUUAUCAGUUGUGAUUCUCCAAAUUACUACCUAUUAGGAGAAUCGGUUCGACAUUUAUAUAGUAAAUGGUUUAAUA